CCUGUAUGUAACGCGGAGUUUCUUGCUGCCAAUCAAGUCUUGGACUGCAGCUGUUCUCAAUCUAGUCUGAUUACAGCAGAAGGCUUUCUUCGCAGUUCCACCGAGGGCACCGAACAGUAUUGUUUUCUCACAUUUUGCUGUUGUUUUCUUGUGAAAUGCCGUUUGUGGAGGAGCCCGCCCAUCUCUCUAAAUCUCGUCUAAAGUCGGCUUUAGUCGCUCAUAACGUCGCGCUGCCACCUGCAGCGAGCAAAAAGGCAGUGUAUGUGGAGCUGCACCUCAAACACAUUGAUCAGAAAAACGCGGCGGAUUUCUCCAGCGACGAGGAGGACCGUGCAGGAGAUGACAAGAAAGAUCCAGAGGAUGCAGAGAUGCCUGUUCCAAGUUGUCUGACUGAUGAGGACCUCAAGGCCACAUUACGCAAACAUGGUGUUAAACCUGGGCCUAUAACUGCCUCCACUAGGGUCUUGUAUGAAAGAAAACUCCAUAAACUGCUACAGUCUGACAGAUGUGAAAGGUUGAAUGAAGCAGACAAAGCCAUACUGUACUCUGACUCUGAAGAGGAGGAAAAGCAGCAGGAGAAAGAUGAAGACUUGGGUUCAGAAAAACAACCUGACCCUUCAGACCAAACCCAACAAGAGAGCAGCCAGAAUCACAUUUUUUACCCACAGUGCUUUUUACCCUCAUCAAGGCUGCGCCCUUGUCCUCCUAGGAACACAAGAUGUAGUUCCAACUGGAAUUCACGGAAUGCGUUAAAGUCUUCAGAGCGGAGUCAAUCUCAGUGCUCACAGAUUAUUAGCACAUCCGCUGCAGAUCACCACACACGAUUAGGAUCAACGGUUCUGCCUAGAUCAAAGUCCACUGAUGACUCAUCACUUUCUUCUCAAUACUUCAGCAUCACUCAAAUGGUUGAGGAGAUGGAGAAUUCGAGCUCACGGUCUGUCACAGACAAUGCGUGCGAGUUCAAUGGGACCAGUGUGCAGGAAAACUGGGCACAGUCAGACGGGCCUCCCCAGGAACCUGUGAAAGAUGCUUUCAAGGACAUCCUUCCAGACAGUAAGACCACUCCGACAGGGAUCUACGUCACUCGACGGAGACCCAUCAAGGGUGCCGCACAGAGACCUGUCCAGUAUUCCUACCCUGACAGUCCUGUGAGUCCCAUGACCCAGCAGAGACGGGAGGUGGAGCGCUAUCUUGUACCCAUUCACAUACAGAUUUUAGUUUUCAUAAUUGUAGCAUGUGUCCUGUACCUUAUUUAUGUUAAUGUUGAGGACAGUCUAAGCUAUUGGUAAUACGGUGAGGACAGGCUUCUGGUUCAGGCAGAGUCACAGGACGCAGAUGUUGACUAUGCACAGGAUUAACAUUGCUUUAAUUUAGUGUUACUUUCACACCGACAGAUUUUUGUUUCCCCUUUUGUGGAAGCGAACUACAAAAUCCAGUUUUAUACUUGUUUUUUUUUUUUCUUUUCUUUUUGUUGUUUUGUUUUUUCUAUAAUAUUGUCACUGUUCUUGUUACUAUAGAAGUGAUGCCGAAACGAACUAAUUUUAAAAAUUGUCUAUUUUCUUAACCCUAAUUGUAAUAUUGCCUUUUCACAGAACUUGUCACGGUACUUGCAUGCCUUUUUUUUUUCUCUCUUUUUUAAAUGUUUGAUAUGUACUUCAAUAAAAUUUCUAUGCGCCUUU